UAUUUUCGGUGGCAUAUGUUGGCGAGACAGGGCAACUGAACUCUCGUCGUAGAAGUAGAUUAUAAAUUUAUAUAAUUCAUAAGUGGCUGCGGCGGCCACCGCUUCGUAUGAGUUUGAAAUUCUGCCAAACCCAAACUAAAGCCGUAUUUAUUUCUUCUUUUAAACUCCGACGUACUGUUUCUUAUGCGAUUUUUGUUUCUCUGCAGUUUUUUCAAUCUCCCAAAACAUGCCACAAGACCUCCCUGGGUUCUACUAUGAUGCGGAGAAGAACAGGUACUUCCCCAAUAAACCUCGGAUACCUGGCUCUUCUUCCUUCUCCAAUGCUUCGCCAUCCCAAAACAACCCUCUUUCUAGCUCCCUCCAGGCGACCAAGUUAUGUCCAAAAACCAGGGUUCCCGCAUCUAAGCUGCUUCAUCUUAGAGAGUUGAACGGCAAUGCUUUUAGUUAUGAUCGAGGAAGGCAUAGCUUUGUGGAGGAAGUCCAUAAGUUACAUGCUUCUAAACCUGUGGUUUGGAGAUAUGGUGCAACAGACGAAAAUUUAUUAAGAAAUAUACGUUAUAGUGCUUUGGAGCAGACACAAAUUGAUGUCCAGACACUAGAGGGUCAAAUGGAAACAGAAGUUCUGCUAGCGGGCAGUAUGGACGGCUCCUUGAGUCUCUUAAAGGUUGGAAGUGAACGCCAUUUUGACUAUGGGAUCACACACAUUCCAGAUCGUGUUUGGCCUUCCACCAAAGGGGAUGCGGAGAGUGAUGAAACGCCUCCGUAUGUCUCGAGGCCUGCAGCUGCUCCACUCCAUAUGCCGUCAAGAAUAUCUUCUAUAAGAUUGUGUGAAAAGCAAUCUUUUUCUACAAACAAUUAUGAUUCCAAGUUCCAAUGCUCACUCAUAACUACACUGGGGUCUGAGACUUAUGGUGGAUUUGUUUAUAUCCUUAAUCUCCUGGAACCAGUAGAUUUUACUUCUCGAUUGGAUCGAAGGUUACAUGCAGUUGCUACUUUUAAUCAUACCAUUUGGACUGCAGAUUAUAGUUUUAAUACAGCUCAAGCAGCAAUAGGAACUGAUAUUGGAGUAGCCUUGGUCAAUGUCGAAAGAGGAGCAACGAAAUGGGUGUGUCGUAGCAAAAGUGAUGUUUUGGCUCUACAAUUUGAUCAGACAGGAAAUAUUGUUCUUUGUGGACUCAGAAAUGGAGCAAUUGUCACUGUGGAUGUUCGUGAGAACCAGGAGCGCAUGUUUUCGAGACUUACUAAGCUUAAAAUACCUUACUCGUCUUCAGGAAGAAGUAGUCAGAAAAGAUGGUUUGAGAUCAAAGGACUCAUAUCUCCUUCUCAUACAAUUCAUAUGCCGUCAUCUAUUUCUAGUUUGGUAUCACUUCAAUCCUAUGAUCAAUACUUCUUGGCAAGCUCAAUGGAUGGUUCGAUGAAGCUCUAUGAUCACCGUCUAACUAAGAGAGGGGCUGUACAAUCGUAUGGAGGGCAUGUGAAUUCGCAUACACGUAUACAGCUUGGAGUUGACCAAUCUGAGAGAUUUGUUAUGUCAGGGGGAGAGGACUGCUAUUUACGAUUGUGGAGUAUCAAGUCCGGUAAAAUGCUGUUUGGGGAAAAAUUUUCUGAUUCCAUGCUAACAAACAUUUGCUGGCGAAGAGCUCAAAGCACCUUGGGAAAGGAAGGUGAAAUUAGACAAAACCAUAAUUGUAGAGCAUGGCUUGCAUCAGAAGAAGGGCUAUUCCACAUGCACUGGUCCUGAGUUGGAAACCAUGGAUUUUGGUGAGAAGAGACUUGACACUUAAUAUGGCCAGUUUUGAUAAUAUGGCCACUUUGGGGAAAUUUUGGGUUCGCAUACUGUAAACUAGUAUUAGUAUAGUAUCCAGCUUGAUUAUGUGAGGAAUUUUGGUGGCUUUGCCUGUUUGGCAGUGGAGUAGGAAAAUGCUCUGUGUUCCAGAUGCACAUAGGCAUGAAUAUAGGCGUGGGCAUAUUUGAUUCCAACACUGACCAAUAACCAUGGGUAGCGACUAAUGAAUUGAGAAAAUGAAAAUUAUUUAUUUGUGAGUUUAUAAAGUGCUACAAUGUGGUUGGUGUCUUA